AUGUCCCACAUCGCCCCCGUCGCUGGCACCGCCAUCAUAACCAAAGGCGACAAGCUCGCCGUCAAAAACUACCUCACCGUCCGCAACGGCCACAUCGUCCUCUCCCUCACCGCUCACGGCUCCGGCUGGAACAUCCGCCCCACCGGCCCCGACGGCGACCAGUUCACCAUGGUGUUUGCCGACGGCGAGGGCGACGAGGAGCUGGCCAUGACGCUCUCGGAUACGCCGGAUGAUUCGGGCGUUCUUAACGCGCUUGCGAAGCCGUUGAUGUCCCCACCGCCGCCGGAGCAGCUGUGGACGUUGGAGGAGGCGAUUAUGGAGCCGAGGAAGCCGCCGACGAUUCAUGGCAGGAUUCAGAGCGUGGCGAGGAAAGAUCUGUCGGUGGGGAUUGGCGGCGAGGUGGACUUGCCGCCGAGGGAUUUGCCAGUUUCGGGGAUGCCAAAUGGGAUUCAGCAGGAUUUGAAGUGGAUCUUGGAGUAUUAG